CGUGCCGCUUGUGUCCCUCCUUACGACGUCGUACGUUAACGCAUUGUCAGCCCUUCCCGGCGCGCACCUUUACACUUUCCUUUCUUAAGCCUUCUCAGCUCCGCCGCACUACACUUUCCUCCUCUCCACUCCGGGGCACAUUCUUCCCAUUCCGUUGUCCUGUGCACUUCUGUCGUCCACUCAGAGUGACCAUGAGAUGCCGCGAAAGCGCCAAAAAGAAAAAGAAAAAAAGACUACUGCUUUACAAACGGUCUACGUAGCCGAAGCUCUAUGUUUUAUCAACAUAAUCUGCCCAGCAGUGUCGAUAAUGCUGCCAUCAGGUCUGGUCAAAACUACGCGCAGUGGCACACAGCGUGCGUCUCAAGCACAGAACGCAUCGAGUGGAAAAGCACGACGUCGGUGGCGAGCCUCCUGUCAAGAACGAUGGGCUUGUGCUGCUGGCUCUUGGUGCUCACUGCAGCAGCAAGUGUGCUGGCUAUGAACCCACUUACCGAGUUCCUCAACGAACAAGUGGACUACGUGCUCCAGAGCGGCGAACUGUGCAAGUUCUCGGAGAAAGACGGUGCCUGCGACGACCAUAUCGGCUCCAUCAACAUGUGGAGUGAUGCUGAGUGGUGCUGCUGUCCCCAGUUCUACGAAGGCUACGUCACCAAUCUGGACCAUGGCAUUCGGCGCACGGGCGACUGCGCCUUCGAUCCGCACAACACCAGCAUGGCCGUGUGCGAGCUGAGCUUCGCUAACGUCGAACUGCACUACCGCUGGCUCUUGCUGAGGAGAAAUCCCAUGAUGGAGGGGAACGUGCAUUUGGCGCAUCCAGACGAACUCGUCGACGCGGGAAACUUGACGGUCACGCUGGCCGAAGGAUCGGGACUGCUGUUGCUGGAGGAGGAUGUCAGCGAAGUUCCCUGGCAGCGUCCGACCUCGUCAAAGGUGUUGAAUGCAUCUGGGUAUCUUCGUGGGCAGACCGUACAGUCUUGUCAGAGCAUGGUGGUACACUUCCCUGAUGUCAGAUAUCAUCUGCUCCGGACGGCAUGCACUAUCACGCUACAUCGUUCGAUACGGACACGAUCAAGAUUGGCAAGCUGGUAUUCAACAACUCCACAAUCAGCUGUGAUGGAGAAGUGGUCGACACAAACGAGAAGGUGUUUCGGGUCGAACUUCAAAAAGCGCUGGCUGAACGGAUCGAAGAAUAUGUCAGCGGUGACGGGUUCCUCGACACCUUCAACGAAGCGCUCGAGCUGGUGCAGUAGUUAACGCGGGAACAUGGUCGCCCACUUAACGGGGGCUUUGCAUUCUUGUACGCUGUGUUUCAUACGCUUUAAUGAUGUUGCUUGCAACGCCCUCCAGCUGGGACGAAUAAAUUCAGUGGCUCGCGCUUUGUCUUCA